ACCAGUGCAGCUGUUUCCUGCCCUCAGUCUCACAGAGGAGAGAGAGUUUCACCGUCCGCUCUCGUGGUCAGUAUUCCUUCCUCGCUGCGGGCCGCCGACUGGAGACGGGCACUGGUUACACUUGGGGGAUCAUGGAGGGGGGACUCUCCCAGUGACCACGGGCUCCAAACACCCAGCCUGCAACCUGUCCCAGUCGGGCAGCGAUGUGCAGGGGCACUGACCACUUGACUGGGAGCUGUCUGUGGGACUGCUGGACGAUGGGUUGCGUGCACUGCAAGGAGAAGGGAUCGGCCAAAUCGCAAGCCAACGACGGCGAUGGGUUCUUCAAACAGAACGCCAACCCUCGCUAUGGGCCCGAGCCCACCAGCCAAGCCCCCACCGCCAUCUUCAACCGGAUCCCCGACUUCAACACCUUCCACGAGAGCGCCAACACCGCCCUCAGCCCCUUCGGCGGCUCACUCGGCUACCUCAGCGGCUCGAUGCCCACCCGAGCUGGCGUGGUCCCAGGAGGAGUGACGCUGUUUGUCGCCUUGUACGACUAUGAUGCCAGGACAGAAGAUGACCUGACCUUCAGGAAAGGGGAGAAGUUUCACAUCAUCAACAGCUCGGAAGGAGAUUGGUGGGAAGCUCGUUCACUGACCACUGGCCAGACCGGCUACAUCCCCAGCAACUAUGUGGCCCCAGUGGACUCCAUCCAGGCUGAGGAAUGGUACUUUGGGAAGAUGGGGCGCAAGGAUGCCGAGAGGCUGCUGCUGUGUCCGGGGAACCCCAGGGGAACAUUCCUGAUUCGGGAGAGCGAGACCACAAAGGGUGCGUACUCGCUGUCCAUCCGGGACUGGGACGAGGUGAAAGCGGACCAUGUCAAACACUACAAGGUGCGCAAACUGGACAACGGUGGGUAUUACAUCACCACUCGAGCCCAGUUUGAGACGGUGCAGCAGCUGGUUCAUCAUUACACAGACCGUGCGGCCGGUCUGUGCUGCCGCCUGGUGGUGCCGUGCCACAAGGGAAUGCCAAAACUAGCCGACCUCUCCGUCAAAACCAAAGACGUGUGGGAGAUCCCUCGCGAGUCUCUGCAGCUGAUCAAGAAGCUGGGCAACGGGCAGUUUGGGGAAGUGUGGAUGGGCACAUGGAACGGGACCACCAAGGUUGCAGUGAAGACCCUGAAGCCCGGCACUAUGUCCCCUGAGGCGUUCCUGGAGGAGGCCCAGAUAAUGAAGAGACUGAGACACGACAAGUUGGUCCAACUCUACGCCGUCGUGUCCGAAGAACCAAUCUACAUUGUCACCGAGUUCAUGACCCAAGGAAGUUUGCUUGAUUUUCUCAAAGAUGGAGACGGGCGGAUCCUGAAGCUGCCGCAGUUGGUAGACAUGUCUGCACAGAUUGCCGCUGGUAUGGCUUACAUCGAGCGAAUGAAUUACAUCCAUCGAGAUCUCAGAGCUGCCAACAUCCUGGUUGGAGAAAACCUUAUGUGCAAGAUAGCGGAUUUUGGACUGGCGAGGCUGAUCGAAGACAAUGAGUACACAGCCCGGCAAGGGGCUAAGUUUCCAAUAAAGUGGACAGCACCAGAGGCUGCCCUGUACGGGAAGUUUACAAUCAAGUCUGACGUGUGGUCAUUUGGAAUCCUCCUGACUGAGCUGGUGACCAAAGGAAGGGUCCCGUACCCAGGAAUGAACAACCGUGAGGUUCUGGAGCAGGUGGAGCGAGGGUAUCGCAUGCCUUGUCCAAACGCUUGUCCUGCAUCUCUUCACGAACUCAUGAUCCAGUGCUGGAAGAAAGACCCAGAGGAGCGGCACACCUUCGAGUACCUGCAGUCCUUCCUGGAGGACUACUUCACUGCGACAGAACCCCAGUACCAACCCGGGGAGAACUUGUAGCUGCCGGGCCGGUUAGAACAUUCCUUCACCACCGUUGCGUUAUAUUUCCAACCAUGAGAUCAAGGAGUUGGGAAGGGCAGCUUUCAUGGGAACUGUGGCCCAAAACUUGAAGGAACUCAUUGAGAUUUAGAUCAUCUUGUACAGCAGGAGACUGGCCAAUCUCCCCAACACAGGAUUGUACCGUGACAGCAAAUGUACAACACUGCACAAUGGGUGCAUGGGGUGGAGAGACAUUUGGGGGUCACUGCAAUUUCCUGAUGCUACUGAGCAGUAUUGGAGUCCAGACACUGAGAUUAACAUCUUCCGUGUCUGGAUGAAGAACAGGGACGAUGCUGUCUUGCUCCCGGCCUGUCCCUGUUGCUUGGGACGUUGGGACCAGCCACAAUGUACCAUAAGAGAGCGUUGACUGGCCUACAAUGCUUGUUUAACAAUGUCGCAAAGGACCGUACUAAAAUGGAUCUUUUCUUUCAACUUAAUAUUUCACUCGGCUUUUGUAUUUCAGUUGCCAUAUUCCAGACAUAUUUUAUUCUCUUCUUUGUACAAUUUUGUAGGCCCUUGGACAAAGAGACGCCUUUAAAACUGCUAAUAUUGGGGGGUUUACACGCACACACGCACGCGCACACACACACAAACGUACAUACACACGUACACACACACGCACACACGUACGUACACACACACACGCACACAUGUACGCGC